AUGGCACCCGUUCGCAACGGACGCGUCAUCUUCAACGCGUACCCUGAAGGCAAGUUGGCUAACUCUACGCUUCUGUUGAAUCGCUCACAGCCCGCAGAGUACCCAAUUCCGGGCGAAACGACCGUCUACGAUGAAUCAGCCCAGAUCGAUACCGCCACUGUGGCGCUGAACGGCGGCUUCCUCGUGAAGACUCUCGUUCUUUCCAUAGACCCCUUCCUGCGCAACCGCAUGCGCGACCCGCAGGCGAAAGAUCCAUCGCGUCGCGGCAACUCGCAGGGGUACAAGCUCGGAGAGCCGAUCGACGGGUUUGGUGUCGGCGUCAUUGUGCGCUCAGAAGUGCCUGAUUUACCGGAGGGGAAGCAUGUCUAUGGGUUCAUUCGGUUCCCAGCUUUCCAAGAGUACACUAUCUUCCCUCCUAGUGCGCAACUUCGCAUUAUCGAAAAGCACCCAGACCUCCAAUGGAGCGUCUACGUCGGAGCCGCUGGAAUGCCGGGACAAACGGCAUAUGGCGGCUGGAAAGAGCACGCGGGCGCCAAAGCCGGGGAGGUGCUGUUCGUAACUACGGGAGCGGGACCGGUGGGAUCUUUUGUCAUCCAGCUCGCAAAGCAAGCGGGCCUCAAGGUGAUCGCGUCUGCGGGCACGGAGGAGAAACUCGCGUUCAUGAAAUCUAUCGGAGCGGACGUGGUGUUCAAUUACAAGACGACGGACACGCGGGCGGUGCUUGAAAAAGAGGGUCCCGUUGAUAUUUAUUGGGACAACGUGGGUGGCGAUAUUCUUGACGUUACCCUCGAAAACACGGCCAUCUAUGCACGCAUUUUGGUUCGUGCUACAGCCUACUAUGCACUGUUUGCUGUGCUUACCGUUAUUCCUCAGUUGUGCGGCGCGAUGUCAGGGUACAACACAGGCUACGUCCCCGUCAAGAACCUCAACAUGGCGUACGCCCGCUCACUAUCUCUGUACGGUGUCGCUGUCGCGCGUCUCGCCCCGAUCUAUGCCGAGCGCUUCUACGACGAAGUCCCCGCAAAGCUCGCGAGUGGCGAGAUCAAGUAUACUGAGGAAAAGAGCUACGGGUUGGACAAGGUCGGGGACGUCCUGCUCGCUGUGCAGAAGGGAACAAACAAGGCAAAAGCGGUCAUCAUCGUUGCGGAAGAAUAG